AUGACAUCCAUCGUCAAAUUAUUCGUCGUAUCCCCAGACACCCGUUCCGAGCGUCGUUUCGACCUCCACGUUACCAUCGAGCAGCUCAAGGCGAAACUAGAGCUCAUCACAGGCAUCCCCGUUCAGAAUCAGAAUAUAUCGCUGCACAAUGGCGAUGCCGAUUCGCAGGUCGUCGCACAGCUGGAUGAUGAUGCUAAGCCGCUUGGGUACUACAGCGUUCGGGAUUUCCAGACGAUCAAGGUAGCAGAUACGAACCCUUCGACGUCGUUUACGGGUCAGCUCUCCGAUGUAUCGCAGGUAGAGAAGUUCGAGAUCAGCGACGACGCAUACGCACAACGAACCGACUCCGUGCUAGCUUACAAGCAAAGACAUAAAGUAGGGCGCUUCGCGCCCCCUUCAACAGAACCUACUCCUCCUGAACCUGCGGUAAACAUCCCCAUCGGAUCACGCUGCGAACGCGGUGCAGUUCGGUUUGUUGGUCAUACUGAGUUUGCUGCUGGGCUUUGGGUCGGUAUCGAGUAUGAUGAGCCGAUGGGCAAGAAUGAUGGCUCUUUAAAAGGAGUGCAGUAUUUUACAUGUCGCCCGAACUACGGAGUGUUCGUACGCCCUGCAAAAGUCACAGUCGGUGACUUCCCUGUGGAAGAGAUCGAUUUUGAUGACGAAGAAAUUUGA